AUGCCUUCCCCCGGACCACCUUUACCGCCUGGUAUACUCGUGGAUGAAGAGACCUCGCCCGUAUACGAUUCCAAGUACUUCUACCCAGCAAAGCCUGGGGAGAUACUCGCCGAUCGUUACGAAAACAUAGUCAAGGUUGGCUGGGGUGUGUCUUGCACGGUAUGGCUCGCUCGUGAUUUGCAAAGGCGUAUUGAAGAGCAAGAGAGCGUUGUGGCGCUGAAAGUCGCUAAUAAAAACGCGACUUCCGCUGGCCAUGAGCGCGUGAUUGAAGAGCAUAUUUCCACGGCAGACCCAUCACAUCGCGGUCGCUCACUUAUCCGAACAUUCCUGGACUCUUUCGAAGUUAAAGGCCCAGAAGGUUCUCAUUCUUGUCUUGUGUAUCCGCCUAUGAGAGAGCCAUUGUCGAUGUAUCAACGACGCUUUGAUGAUAGCAAGAUGCCACUACCCCUUAUUAAAACAUACAUUCGUGCUCUUCUUAUGGGGCUUGAUUAUCUUCACGAAGAAUGCAGGGUAGUUCAUACGGAUCUAAAGCUUGAAAACAUCAUGGUUUCAUUCGAGGACCCAACCGUGCUUGCUGAUUUCAUGGAUUUUCAGCUUGAAAACCCGAUGGCUUUCAAGAUUGAUUCGACGGGACGACCGGUGUAUCAGUCUCGCAAUGACUUCGGACCACUUAAAAGCCUGAGAAGUAUACCGCAGCUUGUUGACUUUGGCGUGGCAACCAGACUCGAGGAAAACGACGACUGGGGCGUGUGGCCCAUCCAGCCAGACCACUAUCGAGCGCCAGAGGUGAUACUGGGGAAUGGAUGGCAAAUGCCUACGGACAUUUGGAAUUUUGGUGUUCUGUUGUGGGAUAUGAUCGAAGGCAAAGAGCUAUUUCAGCAUAUCCAUGAUCAACAAGGUCGCUACGAUGCCAAACUACAUAUCGCCGAAAUGAUAGCCUUAUUUGGUCCUCCCCCUCCGGAGAUUAUGCAAAGGUAUCAAUAUAUGCGAGCGUACGUGUGGCCGGAACCCGUCAGACGAGAGGACGGCAGAGUAUGCGAGACCGCGGAGGAGUACUUCUGUGGGCCGUUCUUUGACAAUAAUGGUCGCUUUCUCAAUGAAGACGUGAUUCCUGACCGGAAACUAGACGAUACGGUUUCUUUUCUUGAGGGAGAGGAGAGGGAAUCGUUUCUGGAUCUCGUCAAGGGAAUGCUUGUCUGGCAUCCAGAUAUGAGGAAAAAGGCAAGCGAACUGGCAGGGCAUCCUUUUCUUCAACCAAAAGCAAACACCUGA